CAAAAAUUAAAUCACCAACAUUUUCUCAACGCUACCCGUUUGUGUGUGCGAAAAAACGGAUUUGUGCGUAACGGUGACAACUCAGACGACCAACAACCCACUGAUGGAGACACAGAGAUGGCCAUCGCAGGCGAUCGCGCGCGGCGAUGGACGAGGAGGAAGAGGAGCGUCGGCUGCGGCGCCACAGAGAGCACGAUCGCAGAAGCAGGAGCAGGAGCAGGAGCAGGAGUCCUGGACGUGCAGGAAGAGGAAGCAAGGGCUGGCGGGACCACGAUCGCGACCGCAGCGAUGACGGUGAAGACGAGGAAGACGAUGACAGGCACAGGCGCCAUCAUCACAGGCCAAAACGAUGUGGUGGCAAGUUUGAGUACGGAGAGCGCCGCAUGUUGAAGGCGAGUCACCGACGCCACGAGGAUCACGUGUCGAGCUACCGACAUGACUACAGACACGACCGAGGCCGUAUUGGCCGCUUCAACCGCGACCGUGCUGCGGAAGACAGGAUUGGUGGUCGGCCGUGGGGAGCCAGCGCACCCGCACGCCACAUCAGCAGCUCCAGCCCGCACAGGACGAAGCCCGAGCGAUCCCGUGAUCCCCAGAGUGUGCCCCGCCGCGGGUAUUUCUUUGAGCAUGAUGAUCGCGGCGUCGACACCCGCCAACACCGUGACGAGAAACCAGUACGCGGUGAUGAGCGAGAUGUCCGCCACCGCCACCACCAUCAUGACCAUCACCGCCAUCACGACCGCCGUGAGCACCGUCGUCACAGACGUGGGGACGAGCCGGAGGAGCGCUGGACACACGACAAGUUUGAGGAGCAGACACAGCUGAGCGAAGAUGACGAUACUAAGGAGGGAAAGAAGACAACAAGAAGCAGCAAAGAUGACGGCGCUCGUCACGCAGAUGUAGAGUGACGUUUAUGAGUGCCUGCCUGUCUGUCUGUCCGCCUGUCUGUGCAUGGAUGGAUGGAUGGAUGGAGCAGGCCGAUGUGGCUGUAGUUCCUUGGCCUGUAUCCUCUCAUGCCCGCUGCUGUCGUGGCGUUAAAGUCACGCUAAAAUGAAAUGUACCCCUGCGCAUAAACGUGU